GGUUAACGAAUCCGACUAGGAACCAUGAGGUUGCAGGUUCGAUCCCUGGCCUUGCUCAGUGCGUUAAGGAUCCCGUUGCCCCUGGUUGGGAAAGUGCGAGUAGCAACUGUGACGUGCGCCGGACUCCUCCCGCCGAAGGGGAGUGAGAAGGGGAGUUGUGCCCUGGGGACAAGUUCUAAUUGAGCGGCUGGAGAGGAAUCCUCCAGUAAUAGCUCGCCUUCCCCUCCGUUCAGUCCCCGCCCGAAGUCCUGCCCAAGUGGGAAGGAGGAAGGAACCGGCGCGCUUGCAUCAUGAGCACCUCGAACUCAGAGACGCCGACACCGGAUCCCUGAGCGCUGACCCCGAGCGCAGAGACCUUGGCCAAGGGGCCGCUUUGCAGCCACGGCUGGUGACGCCAGAAAUCGAGAGGAGUUUCGAGAGACAACGGAGGGGUGGAAACCGAAACCCAGAGGAGGGAGUUCUCAGAACUUUUCUGCUGGUUGCAAACACCUACGAUCUCCCAACCCGUGAGGGCAGCACUGGGCGGACACACCCCGACGGGGAUGCUCAUAGCCUCCGGGAGGCUCUAGGCGGGCCCCAGGCCUCCCGGGCGGAGGACCGCGCCCCACCGACCGCAGGCCUCAGAGCCCAGAGACGGGGCUUCCUCAGGCUUGGACAAAAGACUUUGGAAGGUACUCCGUGGUGGAAGUGUAGACACAGCCCAGGCUCCUUUUUUCUGGCUAGUCUCCUGAGACUGCUGGGGGAAUGUCACUGACUCACACUACAGGUCUACUUUUGCUGACACUGCUGCUGCUGCUAAAACCCAGGAAGACUCUGCGCUAUGCUCACUCGCUCUGCCUCAACCUCGCUGUUACAUCUCAGUCCAGACCCAGACAGCCUGGUGUGAAGUCCAGGGCUCAAUGGACACAAAGCCUCUCCUCCAGUAUGACAGUGACAGCAACCAGGUCACAGCUUCGGGCCCCCUGGGGAGAGGUAAAUGGCACCAAAGCAUGGAGCGACUUGACUGGAACCCUGGGAGGAGUGGGCGAGAGCUCAGGAUGGUCCUGCAUGUCAUCACUGGGGACAGAGAAGACCACGGGUGCUCCCCGGCUGCAGGCCAAGCUGUGCUGUCAGCUUGAAGCAGAGCGAGUCACCGCUGCCUCCUGGCACUUCAGCCUCGAUGGGCAGACGGCCCUCCUCCUUGACGCCAUGGACAUGAACUGGACAGUCGUGAAUCCUGGAGCCACAGGGAUCAAGGAGCAGUGGCAGAAAACCAACCUGGCUGAGUAUUUCAGGAAGCUCACAGUGGGAGACUGUGGUCACUGGCUGAGGGAAUUCCUAGGACACUGGGAGAAUGUUCUGGAGCAGGAGCCCACAGAACCACCGCUGGAGCCCUCAGAUAACCAGCAGUUACCAGCAUGGAUCAUCCCCCGCUCAGGCCUAACUGUCAUUGUCGUCCUUGUCCUCGUCGUCAUUGUCCUCAUCAUUGUCAUCGUCAUCAGGAGAUGUGAUGGGAGAUCAGGUACCACAGCAGCUGUUCCAUCAUCUGGUGUUUCUUCUCUGGACCAACCCGUGGUGGCAGAGACUGAGCUUUGAGGACAGGCUGGCUGCUGCAUUAUUUUCUACUCAGAGAUUUGGGGACUCAUCCAGAUUCGGGGUCCACUGGAGCAUGGAGUCUUAAGGAGGGGAGAUGCAUCCCACGGCCCUGUUGCGGUGGCCCUGAAUUGAGACGUCCGUGCCUGUGAAGUUCAAACCCAUGGAGGGUUCUCGACAACGCAGGCAACCGUGGCGGCCAGGCAACUCCGUGCAUGGACCAAGGUAGGAAAGAUCACUGGUGCAAUCGAGUAUCCCCUUGGUGGUCUAUAUGCCUCAAAAGGUCUCGGGUGAGGCCAGUGAUUUGGGUGAAAUUGUAAAAUCAGGGCACAAUCUCAAAAGGUCUUGGGUGAGACUGGUGAUUUCGGGUGAAAUCGGAGGAUCAGAACAUGAUCCUGGGGAAAUGGGAAGUAAGUCUUCCCAAUACCGGAGGAUUGAGUGGGGAGUGGGAACCAAAUUCCUCCAGACAGUCCUCUGGGAUUGAUAUUAAAGUAUUGGGGCGACAAUCCAUGGAUAGAGGACAAAAAGAAGGGACGAAUGAUUAAUAUUGUUGUUUUAUCUGGACACAGACACCUAUUCUCACCCCAUCCGUCUUCUGGCCAAAGUUCGGAUCGGGUGAGGAUUGGGUCUGUCAGCUGCUCAUUCAGUUUGUCCAGGACAAGUCACCAGGGUCUCAGGAGGAAAUUUAUUAUGCUCUCUGUUGGCAGCAGGGACCAGUGGUCUUAUUUCCCCUCAGAGCACGGGACCAAAAGGGAAAUGAGGAAACGCAAGAACAUUCUGGGACCUCCUCCCCUCCAUGGGACCCCCUUGGCUUGCUGCUGCCACCUGACAAUCCCCAAGAUGGCACUGGCCCCCCUCCAGCCACAGCCGUCCCUGCCAGGGGAGCUCAGGAAGGGGAGGGACACAGAGCCCACUGCGCAGGCGCAAGCGCAGCCGCUGCUCUGCUCGCAGAGUCAGAACAGGAGGGGGAGGCCGAGCCUGUGGGAUCAAAGCCCACCGCCUCAACAAAACCAACGGAUACGGCAAGACCUUAUUCCAGACUUAGGCGAGAGUUAAAACAAUGACAGGAGGAUAUCCAAAAUGUUCCUUUUCCCGCCACUAUCCCUAGGGACAGACAAGAAGAGCAGCAAAUGCUCUUCCCACUAGGGGAGGUUCCCUUAGGUCGGGGAGGAAUAGGAUAUGUAAAUGCCCCUUUAACCAGCACUGAGGUCCAAAAUUUUAAGAGGGAAUUAGAGCCAUUGCUGGAGGACCCAUACAGGGUAUCGGAUCAAGUGGAUCAGUUCCUUGGACACGUCUGUACAUGGUCCAAGUUAACAUCUAUUGUGAACAUUCUAUUUUCUGGGGAGAAAGAGGGAUGACUCGAAGGGCAGCCAUGGCCUCUUGGGAGCAAACCCACCCUCCCCAGCUGGGGGAAGUUGGGGUGGAAACCAAAUUUACCAACAAGGACGCCAGGUGGGACAAUAACAGUGCCUUCCACUGGGGGCAUAUGAUGGACUUGAGAAAUCUCAUAAUUCAGGCAAUUAGAGAUGCCGUACCUAGGAAUCAAAUAUAUCUAAGGCAUUUGAAGUACAACAAGGUAAAGGGGAGGGACCAACUAAGUUUUUGGAAAGACUCAGAGCUUGGAUGAAAAGAUAUGGUGGAAUAGAUGCCACCGACCCUUCAGGAAAGGGCAUGCUCAGACUUCAUUUUGUAACUAAUAGUUGGCCAAAUAUUAAAAAAAAAAAAAUAGAGGAUUGGAAAGAUAAACCAUUAGAGAGCUUACUAAAAGAGGCACAAGAAGUUUAUGUGAGAAGGAAUGGGGAAUGGAAUUCUAUUUUAUCAAGGGGAAAGAAGACUAGGUCUGUCUUCUAGCUUGUUUUAAAUGGAAAGUAGCGGACAAACUAAUGGAUAUAGAAAGUGCUGGAAAGUUUGUGGGAAGUAGACAUUGAGAGAAGGGUUAUACAUUGUCAGAACUAAGUUUAAAAUAGGUUUAAUUAUGUUAAUUUUAAAAUAAGCUGGUGCAAAACUUGAACUUGGCUCUUUAAGAAAACAAAGUUUCCUUGGAAUGCUACUUUGAUAACAGAUUAUUUAAUGUUCUUUGAAGUGAUCUGCUGUAUUUGCUUUUGAGAUCUCUUGUAAGAAAAAAAGUAUUAUCCACAGUGGCCUAUGAUUCUAUCUGACCAAAUUAAACAAAAAAUGAUUUAUUUAUAAAUACUAUCAAAUUCUAAUUAAAGUGCUUUUAACUCAACUAACUUUAGAAUGCUUUACAGGACCCUUGAGUGAGACAUUCAAAAGAAAAAAGUUAAAUUUACUAAAAUUAUUUGGAAUGUUAAAAUACUUAGAGAACAUUAUCAAAUAAGUGAUAAAUCUCAGAUUACAUAGAAAAAUAGAUGUUUUUAAUAUAGAUAUUCUAAAACUUUUACAGUAUCUGAAAUUGGAUAUGUACUGGUACUAUGUUAUAAUUCUUUUUUUUUCUAGUUAUUUCAAAAUGUUAUGUCACAACAGUAACCAAGUUUUAUUGUCAAUUUGCAUUACAAUCAGAUUUAAAAUGUACCUUAAGUCUUUUGUCACUGUUAUAUUAAUGACUUUACUCCGAUACCUUUGCAAAAAUAUUUCCUCUUCAAGAGGAUCUAUAAAAAGAACUUUUUAAAGAAAUACAAGUUUCUGACUUUCAGACCUUAAUGAUGAACUGGGUAAGAAAUUAAAAAAUUCUAAAAGGAAAUGUGAUAAUUUCAUAAACAGUUAAACAAAAAGGAUUAGUUACAUUGGACUGUGUGAACUGGUAAGUAUGGUUAUAAUUUUAUGGUUUCUAUUUAAAAUAAUACUGGCUUUUAAUCUGUGUUUUCUAGGGAUAAAGAAAUUCUCCCUAACAAGCAAUUUGGUAAAUUAUACCUUUGUAAGCAGAAUUGAAAUAUUUCUCUCCUCUCUACCUGAUUUCUUCAGAGAAUGGAAACUCUCAGGUUCCCAGAAGUUCUGUCAGAUAAAUUAGGAAGGCCAUGUUGUAUGUAGCCUGUAGAAACCUCAAGGUAUUUGGGUUUUUAAAAGGGAAGGAAUUCACCUAGAUCUCUAAAUAAAAAUCUUAAGACAAGCCCUUGGCAUGACUUUCUUAGCCCUGAAAUGCCUUUUAAAAGCUUAGUCUAAGAUUCCUUAUAAAGUUCUAACAAAGCAAAUUUUUAGAAAACCCUAUAUGAUCAAUUUUACUCAUGUAAAUCAUCAGGCCAAGGUUGUUGACACCAGACUUAAUUGGCAAAUAAAUUAGUCUUGGUUUGGCUAAUAUUUGAUAAAAAUGAGAGUAAUUUUAGAGAAGAAGAAAUGUUUCAAUGAACACCUGCUAAAUCUGUUAAUCUCAUUCUCUUAAUUGUGGUCAGUAUACUAAGACUUACUUCCUAGAGAGUUCUUUGCUAUUAUGUAUACUGCAGCAAAGUUUAACUGAGCUUCUGAAAGAACAUUCUAAGCUUGUUUCUAAAGUUGAUCUUAGUGAUCUAUUUUGGAAAAAGAUCAGAUGCCCCCGAACCUGCAACAAGGGACUAUGUAUAUACUAAAAAGGACAUAAUAUAAAAGGACAAUUUCCAAGCUUGUAGAGGAAGGACCCGAUCCUUUACUAUGGAGCCAGCAGGAGGUACAGCAAUUUUGGGAUUUAAGAGAGGUGCUGACAGGUGCCCCUCUUCUGGCUCUACACCCUUUGAAGAACCUUUUCAUUUAUUUCUAAGUAUGGGCCAGGGAACUUGGGGGAUGCCACUAGCUGGCAGCCUUCCUUUGCUGCCUCCUGGACUCUGUCACCAGAGGAUGGCCUGAGUGCAUACAGCAGUAGCUGCCACUGCCCUAUUAACUGAAGGAAACAGAAAACUCAGCUUUGGAGGAGGGCUCUGAGUAUAAAAACAGGAUACUGGUUGAAAUGGUUAAAAUAUUCUGUGGACACACUACACAAAGGCAGCUGUUAUACUUGCACCACAGGGAGAUGGGAGGCCCAAGUGGUUCCCUUUCCUCUGGGAUGGUCAUCAGACCCACAGGGGCUUGAAGGUAUGAUGGCCUUCUUCCAGGACAAAAUGGCUUGAAAUAAAGAAUCCAGUUGGACUUUGUCACUGCUAUUCCCUGAGGUCAAAAGGUCUGUGGGUCAGCCCCUGAGAACUGUUCAGCAGCCAAAUGAAACAUCAACUUCUUGUGUCUAAAACGACAAGAGGCAAAGGUGACUUUCUUAGGCAACCUGACCAGGUGCAAUGAAAGCUGGUCCUACAUCACCCCCGACAAUAAAUCCAAGUUCCAAAUGCCUUGGUCAGAUGUCUGGUGAUAUUGUGGGAGUCCACUAAUGGGCACUCUUCUGGAAAAUUAAAGUGACACCUGUACUUUGGUGCAAUUGGCCAUCCCUUUCACCCUGGCAUUUAGGCCCCAAUCUCAAACUCAGCCAAUCCUGAGGGAAUGAGACAUCACCCCAAGGGCAGGGGUGUCCUUUGACCCCCCCCCCAGGUCUAUAUUGACUCAAUGGGUGU